GCUGUCAUUAAUGAGCUUUUGACAUGGGGGUUAAACGCUAUUGUUGAAGUCCCCACACACUCUCCCACUUCCUCUUCGAGAGCAAACAGUGUGGUUGGUAGCCAGGCGCUUCCUGUUGUAAGCUUUCCUGAGUUUGCACUUUGCUGGGAGACGUUCUGGGGUUUUUGUGUGUGUGUGUGACGGCGCGCGUGUGUGUGCAGUCUACACACCCCCACCUCCCCCUCCUUGGAUUUUAAAGUCUGCAGGACAGCCUGGGAUCUGGAGGAAGGAUCAGAGGUGAGAGAGAUCAUGGCGGAGACGACCAAGGAGGUUGGGCCCCUUUAUCCUCCAGCCCCCAAGAAGAACAUCACGGGAAGCGAUCUGUUUGGAUAUGUGGGCAUCGAAGCCGUCCUGGAUCAGAUGCGGCGUAAAGCCAUGAAAACCGGAUUCGAGUUCAACAUCAUGGUCGUAGGUCAGAGCGGCUUAGGAAAGUCAACAUUAGUGAACACUUUGUUCAAAUCCAGAAUCAGUAGGAAAUCCUCUACAACCAACCACGUGGAGAGAAUCCCCAAAACAGUGGAGCUGCAGUCUGUCAGUCAUGUUAUUGAAGAGAGAGGAGUGAAGAUGAACCUGACUGUCAUCGACACCCCAGGGUUUGGGGAUCAGAUAAACAACGAAAACUGUUGGGAGCCAAUUGUGACAUACAUUAAUGAACAGUAUGAAAAGUACCUGAGGGAAGAAAUUAAUAUCAAUCGAAAAAAGCGAAUUCCUGACACCAGAGUACACUGUUGUGUAUAUUUCGUGCCUCCCACCGGACACUGGUUACGUCCGCUGGACAUUGAGUUCAUGAACCGUUUAGGCAAAGUAGUCAAUGUAGUCCCAAUUAUUGCUAAAGCCGACACACUCACCUUAGAAGAAAGACAAGACUUUAAGCAGAGGAUUCGGAAAGACCUGAAGAGCCACGGCAUCAGUGUUUUCCCCCAGAAAGAGUUUGACGAAGAUGCUGAGGAUCAAAUACUAAAUGAUACAGUCCGGGAAAAGAUUCCUUUUGCAGUGGUGGGCACGGAUCAGGAACACCAGGUGAACGGCAAGAGGAUACUGGGCAGGAAAACCAAGUGGGGAAUCAUUGAAGUUGAAAACAGUGCGCACUGUGAGUUUGCUAAUCUGAGAGACCUGCUGAUCAGGUCCCACCUCCAGGAUCUGAAAGACGUCACACACAAGAUCCAUUAUGAGGCUUACCGAGUGAGGAGAUUAAAUGAAAAUAACGAAGUUGCCAAAGGUUUGUCACAAGUGAACUUUCUAACCAACAAAAACGACACAGAGAGCAAUCUCUGAGACGCAGCCCGAUCACCCCAGAGUAAAACCCUUUGCUUCCGCCAUCUCUCUCUCUCUCUCUCUCUUCUACAUUGUACAGUUUUUGUACUUGAAUAGAACUGGAGACAAAUUUUGUUUUCUGUAUUAAAGAAAGCCUCUGGCUUUAACGAGAAGUUCUAUGUAGAUCUUUAAACUCACAUGUAUUGUUAUUCAGGUAUGAGGUUGCAUUGUCACCAUGGUUUGUGCAUUCCAAUAUCUCAUUGGGGGUGGAGGGGAAAUGCGGGAUACAAGUUUCAGCUACUGUAUUUAGUUAGAGAUAGACCAUGUGUCCUGUGUUUAGCUACGGUAUUGCACAGUGGAUUUUUAGUAGCCUGUGAUGGGUAGUGUAAUAGUGGUCUUUGUCAGGCCAGUGUUUUAUACUGCACUAAAACUCAACAAAAAAAACAAAAUCCAGAGAGACUGCUUUUUUUUGUUUUUUUCGCCUGAAAAAAAGAUUCUCUGCUGAGUGUGGAAAUCUGUUCUCUUUGUAAAAUGCUCACUUUACCAUCUAUUCAGGUACCCCCCCUCUCGCUUAACGUUAUCAAGUAUAAAAAUGCAAGUUGAGCCAAUUCUAAUGCGAAUCACCUUUCAAUUGUUUUCAUUGAUGGAGUCACAUAAUGGAGGUGUGAUGUACACAUUAGUGGGCUAUCAGCCCAAUUUGCAUUUUAGACCUGCUUAGAUAUUCUGUGAAUACAAGGCAAUCCUGUUAUAACACGGCUUCGUAUCCUGUGGGCUCAUGCGAACUGGGAGGUAAACCUGGUUCCUGCGCUUAAAAAAAAUCUAGGUCGUCAGAUCACCACUGACGUCACUUCCUGCACAUACAUUGUACGCAUUUGUAGGAAGUGACAUCAGCAGUCCUGGUCAAUCUCAAUAUUAGACUUUGUUUAUAACACGGACACUCAGACACUGUCUGACCCAAUUGAGAGCCUGGGAACCCGGUUAUCUUGUAUUCAUUCCGAAAGGCAGUUUGAAAAACCAAUUCACACCAGCUGUUAGUUUUAAUUUGCCUUUUUUUAAAAAUAAAGGUCAAUCUUUUCCAUUGGCAAUUGCAUGGCUGAUUUCACCAGGUUACUUUGAACUAAAAGAUUAUUGCUAACAAGUCACGGAAGCAAGUUCAGCUAAGCCAUUUCCAGAGAGUUGUGUGAAAAGUGAACUGUUGGUUAUUUGUUCUACAACUAGCUUUAAAGAAAAAUCGACAUUUCAAAUCGAUUAUCCACAUUUACUGUGUUAAGAUCUUACAGUGAAGCACGAUUCAAAGAGAGCUGAAAUCUGUAUCAUUUCCACUUGCCGUGUAACAAUGGGGAACAGCAAUUGGUUUACGCUGAAAUAACAGAUUAGAGUGAACUGCUGAACACUAACUUACUCCUUAUAAGACUAGUGGAAUGAAGGUACCUAUUAAUGGUAAUCAAUCACUCUUCCCAUUCCCUCCUCACGAUAAUCAGUCACUUCUCUCCCUCCCCCACAAAGUAAUCAAUCACUACCCAUGAUGAUCAAUCAAUCACACACACACAGCAAUCAAUCGAUCUUCUCUGCCCUCCAAUCAACAAACUCAGCAAAAAAAGUCUCAAGUAUUUUUGUUUGAAUGCUCUCAUUCCAGUUCACCUACAGGAGAGCGUGAUCCACCCCCAGCUGGUAAUAUUUACUGUAAACAUUACUACUGUAAAGGUCCUUUGCUGACACAGUGUGACCUCUGUUUCACUCCAUCAGUACUGGUAGACUAAAUGGCUUAGUAUGUCCACUGUAAAACGGUUAUGACUGGUUAGGAAAGAAAAUGCACUGGGCCAACAAGAGAGGAGGCACAUCAAACCAAAUCAUUUCUAAAAAUUCUAAAUUAAAAA